AUGCAUGAAAAGACUGGACCAGGAAAGUUGACCGAUUUCGUACCAGAAGUGGAACGUGCGAAAAAAGAAGAAGAUAAGAGAGAACUUUCCUAUCGUCGUGCAGCAGACGAAGAACCGCGUUUGAUCCGUAAUUACGACCUGCCGCCUGCGGUAACAACAACGGUAACAACGACUAAAAUCGCUCCGACGAUUAAGAGCGCUCCACUGUCGUCACGUUAUCAAGAUGACGAAUCUGUGAGUGCGGUCUUGAAACGAUCGACACUGCCAAGAAAUGUGGAAGUAUAUAGUUUUUUUUUAAAUAACUCUUAUGACCCUGAUUGGACUGCUGCUGUGGCAGGUCAUUUUUUUCCUGGAAAUCCGCUUUUAAACUCUUCCCCGAUACUGUAUUUUCCUCAUAAGACCACUCCUUUGUAUAUGAUAGUGGGCGAGGAUUCAAAGAGGAUGAUUCCUGGUUGA